AUGGCCGCCUCUGCCAUGGACUCGCUAUGCUCCAUCCUCUUCUCCAACCCCAUCGCCGCCACGAUAGGAGACGUCGUCAACUCCUUCUCGGAGCGCAGAGCCAAGCUCGGCCUCGCCAACCCCGGCACCAUCGAGAGCCUCUCCAAGGAGGUGCAGCGCGAUGUCUUCCUCAACAACCACAUGUUCACCGGGGUCCGCGCCGACCUGACAAAGGUCUUCAGCAUGGCCCCCCUAUUCCAGGUGUCGCAUCAGUUCGCAAUGGGCGAACGCAUCAACCCUUACACCUUUGCCGCCAUGUACGGAACUGGCAGGGUCUUUUGUCAGGGCAACGUAGACAACGAGGGCUCUCUGUCGGGACGGUUCAACUUUCGGUGGACGGAUAAGCUCGUGUCCAAGUCGCAGCUCUCCAUCUCUCCCGGCGGCCAGGACAUGGCGCAAUUCGAGCACGAAUACACCGGCAAUGACUUUAGCGCCUCCCUCAAGAUGCUGAAUCCCUCGUUUCUCGAGGGUGGAGUCACAGGAAUCUACAUCGGAAGCUAUCUGCAAUCCGUCACGCCUCGCCUCGCCCUCGGCCUCGAGACCCUCUGGCAACGUCCCGCACUCACCCAAGGUCCCGAAUGUGCCGUCUCAUACUGCGCUCGCUACAAGGCCCAGGACUGGGUCGCCACCGCUCAGCUGCAGGCUGCCAUGGGGACCGUCACCACCUCGUACUGGAGACGGCUCUCGGAUAAGGUUCAGGCUGGUGUUGAUCUGAACCUCGGCCUCGUCCCAUCUCCCGGCGGUGUCAUGGGCGGCGGCCUGCAGAAAGAAGGCGUGGCGACCAUUGGCGCCAAAUACGACUUCCGCAUGUCCACGUUCCGGGCCCAGGUCGAUUCCAAGGGCAAGCUGAGUUGCUUGUUAGAGAAGCGAGUUGCUCCCCCGGUCAUGAUGACCUUUGCCGCCGACAUCGACCAUUUUACACAACAAGCCAAGCUCGGCCUGGGCGUCUCCAUCGAGGCCGCGCCCGAGGAGCUACAAGACCAGCAAGAGGUCAUGGGCGCGCAGACACCCCCCAACAUCCCCUUCUAG